AUGGCAUCGGCAGGUCCGGUGUUCUCGCGAAGGCUCAGGCUGCCAGCGAUGCGUAAUCGGAAGCGCAAUGUAUCAAAACCAAUCCCUCGCCACCAGCAUACAGACAGUCGACCACAAAUCCCGCGAAGUGAUCUGAGAGCGCCUCCGGAAGCGGACACUGGCGGCGGCCCCGGCACCAGUACGCACGAGAGGCUGCAAAGGCUAAUUGGUAGAGAUCAUCAUUCUCUGAAAUCACUCGCGUCCCUGCUUGAAGAGAAUGCUGCUAUCUGGCAAGACUCAUCUGCGUUUGAAAUUUUGGCAGAGGAACCGACGUCUGAAUACUUGAUCUUUGAUUCCGGACAAACUCGCGCCUGGGUUGAUGAUUUCAUCGCGACUCUGGAAGAUGAAAGAUUGUUGUUCACAUCGGCUCCUCUCGAGGUUCUCGACGCAUUAGCAACUUCAAGGCCAGGUCAAAUUCAAGACCGGGCUUGGCUCAUCAUGUUCUACAGUGUCACACUGGCUUCCUUGUCUUCUGCCAACUCCUUUCAUGAUCCGCUGAAACGCGACCUGAAGCGUAACCUCUGGCUGUCAUUCAACGACGCCAAGUUCCUCCUCGUGCCAAGUGCAGCGAGCAUCCAAGCCUUGAUCUUCAUGGCAUGCUACGCUGAAGAGUACAUGGCACCGUCUAUAUGUUGGUCCUUGAUCAACACAGCAUGUACAAUGCUGCAGGCGUUGGGUGUCAACAAUUGGCGCAUCGAUGCCCCGACACGAGAACUGCGCAGCUUGGUUUUUUGGCGACUGAACGUCUUGGACAAAACCAUGUCGCUCAUACUGGGACGGCCCCCGGCAUUCCAUCGCGAAAUGGAAGCCAGCAUUGGGCUACCGACACUGGAAAAGCUGCACCAGCCUGCCCAUGGCCUACCUUCGCUUUUCCAGGCUCAUUACAAGGAUCAGAUGCACAGAUACUCGCGGGUCAUGUCAGACACAUGGCACUGCCUCUACGGUAUGGAGACUGAAGAGGCACCCAACGUCAACGAGAGGUUGGAAACAUGGCACCGAGAAGCUACGCAGGUACUCGAGGCGGCCGCGCUAGCAGAGAAGCCGCUUCUCGACCCGGACGCUGCAGCAUCGGUUGACCACAGCCUGAAAACACUGCACUUCCACGCUUACUCUCUACAAGUUCUUCUUACCAUAUCCUGUAGGGAGUUGCGACCGAAGUCAAUGACUCCAACACUGAAAAUGUUAAAGUUGUUGCCACAAUUCGCCAGUCUGGAACGGAAGAGAGAGCCUUUUGCCUGUCUCCUCUGGCAGCGCCUACACUGCCCGCUGACGGCUUUUGGGAGCCUUUGGGGCGACACAUUGAUGAAAGGCAGGGCGAACAUUGAGCAGAGCAAGAAGUCUCUGGAAGCUAUCGAAACUGUACCGGCUUAUCUUGGUAGGCUGCAGGCGCGUAACGCCCUGGCUGGGAGACUGCAGGGCACGACGGAAUCGUUCAUCAAGCACUGCAAGUCAAUACUGUUUGAGGAGCUACCAAGGGCCGGUACUCUGACCGUGAUGGCAUCUGAUGCACUUCGGAGUGAUGGACAAUCACCCAGUCAGCCCAUAGAGCUCUUGACUCCUGGUCCCUCCACUGGCAUGACGGAUCCACGAGCGACGUCAAAUGCUGACGAUAAAUCCAUGGGAGACAUACUGGACUGGUCUGACAGUUCAUUGUUUGACACAACUUUUGAUUGGUUUGCAUGGAGCGGUCAGAGCUUCGUCCCCGAGUGCCAGCCUGGUGACAACCGCAACCUAGCAAGCUGUCUUGCCAUGCAGAGAUUGAUGUCCCUUGUGCUUGGGAGUGUGCCCCCGCCACCUCGCCCGGACCCGGUCACCAUCACAGGCAUUAGGUUCCCCGCUGACGGUUCCAAGCCACACCUUGUGCCUCUUACGACAACCUCUGAUGUACUUGAAGGGGUUGAUGGAUUUUGGGGACACGUGCCUGACUUUCGAGAGUUCUGGAAACCGGCGCGGGCGUGGCAGCGGCGAGAUGUCGAGUCCUUCACCCUUGAAAACCAGCCGAUCGGCAGCUACAACGGGCGGUAUAUCCUGUUCUACUCCUUCGACCUUGAGUCACUGCCCGAGAACAACAACUUCCCCAAGGGUAUCUUUGGCAGGGAGCGCGCGUUUGCUGGAGACGCCUUUGUUGUCAAGAUGGACAACACAAGCUACGAGACUGGUGGGUGGGCCGCGUGGGAGAGUGUGCCUUCGGAUAUUUUGAGCGUGCCAGUCAUGGCAAUGUGA